AUGGCCAGAUUAUGGCAAAAGCGUGAGUGUAUAUCUAUCCAUGUUGGACAAGCUGGUGUUCAGAUUGGUAAUGCUUGCUGGGAGCUGUAUUGUCUUGAACAUGGAAUCCAACCUGAUGGUCAGAUGCCAAGUGACAAGACCAUAGGAGGUGGUGAUGAUUCUUUCAACACUUUUUUUAGCGAAACUGGAGCUGGCAAGCAUGUGCCUAGAGCUGUCUUUGUGGACCUUGAGCCAACUGUGGUUGAUGAAGUGCGUACAGGCACUUAUAGGCAGCUAUUUCAUCCUGAACAACUUAUUACUGGAAAAGAAGAUGCUGCUAACAAUUAUGCCCGAGGCCACUAUACCAUAGGAAAAGAGAUUGUUGAUUUAGUGCUGGAUCGCAUUCGCAAGCUGGCUGAUUUGUGCACAGGUCUUCAGGGUUUCCUUAUUUUUCAUAGUUUCGGAGGAGGCACUGGCUCUGGAUUUGCAUCUUUACUCAUGGAAAGACUGUCAGUUGAUUAUGGCAAAAAGUCCAAAUUGGAGUUUGCAAUUUACCCAGCUCCACAGGUAUCUACUGCUGUAGUAGAGCCUUAUAAUUCUAUCCUUACUACACACACAACAUUGGAGCAUUCUGACUGUGCCUUCAUGGUAGAUAAUGAAGCUAUUUAUGAUAUAUGUCGACGCAAUCUUGACAUUGAACGUCCCACUUACACCAACCUAAAUCGUCUCAUUGGCCAAAUUGUUUCAUCUAUCACAGCUUCACUCCGUUUUGAUGGUGCUCUGAAUGUAGAUCUGACAGAAUUUCAGACAAAUCUUGUCCCAUACCCACGAAUCCAUUUUCCUUUGGCAACAUACGCACCUGUCAUCUCAGCUGAAAAGGCAUACCAUGAGCAGUUGUCUGUUGCUGAAAUUACUAAUGCAUGUUUUGAGCCAGCCAACCAGAUGGUAAAGUGUGACCCUCGCCAUGGCAAAUAUAUGGCCUGCUGCAUGUUAUACAGAGGUGAUGUUGUCCCAAAAGAUGUCAAUGCAGCUAUUGCAACUAUCAAGACAAAGCGUACCAUUCAGUUUGUGGAUUGGUGUCCAACUGGAUUCAAGGUGGGCAUUAACUACCAGCCUCCUACUGUUGUGCCAGGAGGGGAUUUGGCCAAGGUGCAACGUGCUGUGUGUAUGUUAAGUAACACAACUGCCAUUGCAGAAGCGUGGGCUCGUCUUGACCAUAAAUUUGACCUGAUGUAUGCUAAGCGAGCCUUUGUGCAUUGGUAUGUUGGAGAAGGCAUGGAGGAAGGAGAAUUUUCUGAAGCUCGUGAAGAUCUAGCUGCUCUUGAGAAAGAUUAUGAAGAAGUAGGGGUUGAUUCUGUGGAAGCUGAGGCUGAAGAAGGAGAAGAGUAUUAG